AUGGAUACUGUGGUUGAGAUUUCCUUUCAGAUUGCAUUAGAAGAUUUAGAAACAAUAAUUCGCGAAUUUAGUCAGUUUGUGCCAAUAUCGUUGCAAGAUGUGUGGCGCAAGAAACUGAAGCACAGGUUGGCAGACAUGAAGACGUUAUAUUUGUGCAGAAAGUUUCUCUAUCUUACGUUGACGGAAUUCAACAAUGAUCGUCUUGCAUUCUGUAACAAUUGGAUGGAUAGCAUUCAACUUCUCGUUGCUAAGAUGUAUUCCCACAUUGCGGAUUCAAUCCAGCAAGUUUUGGAUUGUGCCUCAGAAUUCGAGAUAAACCUCAAGCUUAUCAAGGGAGCAGAAGAAGAGGCACCGAGACCUCACUUUCCUCUGACCAACUUGCCGCGGUUUAUUGAUUCCAUCUUAGAAGAAAUGAAGUCAACCAGCCCAGAUGAGGAUGAUUCUGUAACUGCAUCAAAAAAGGAUAUGUUUCAAACAGCCCAAGAUGACAUGGAUUUCUUAAGAUCUUUCUUGGAUGAUGUUUUGCAGAGAUGUGAUCACGAUGAGAGCCUUAAAGCCCUCCAAAGCUCCGUCAUGAUGUCCAUUAUUACACAAGAGAUCAAACUCAUUAAGAUUGAAGCCUCAAAAAAUUCAACAAGCAAAAAAAAGCUUCUCAAACUUCAAGAUGUUACUAAACCUCAUCGCAAAAUGCUAUCAAUUGGCAGGAUUCAAGGCUUCAACGGGCCAAUAGUGGGCUUGGAUGAUGAGGCAGAAAAGAUUGUUGAUCGACUCACAAGAGGACCAAAGCAGCUAGAUAUCGUUUCUAUUGUUGGUAUGGCAGGUCUAGGGAAAACAAAUCUAGCCAAGAAAGUGUUUCGCCACUCCAUUGUUCAUCACUUUCAUGCUCGUUCAUGGUCCAUAGUUUCUCAAGUAUACAACAAAACAAGUUUGUUACUUGAGAUUUUGAGGGGUCUUGGUUGGCAGUCUGAUGAAGAGGAUUUAAAAAAGAAUGGAGAUGAUUCAGCUCAAAUUCUUUACAAAUUCUUGAAGGGAAAGAGGUACCUUAUCAUCUUGGAUGAUGUUUGGGAUUUUAAAGCAUGGGGUGACUUGCAAAUUUCAUUCGCUAAUGAUGCUAACGGAAGUAUGAUUCUCCUGACUACCCGAAACGAGAACGUGGGUUUGCAGAUUAAACCACACAGUCAACCACCCCACUCUCUUCGUUCGCUCACCAACAAUAAAAGUUGGGAGCUGUUCAGGAUGAAAAUGUGUUUUGAUGAAGGUAGUCCUUCAGAAAUUUUCCAACGUGGGAAGGCAAUAGCAAAACGGUGCAAGGGAUUACCAUUGAUGAUUAUAGUUAUUGCUGGACUUCUAUCAGAUAUGGAGCCAAGUGAAUGGGAAGAAAUUAAAGAAAUGGUAAUGAGUCCGGCAAUUUCACCGACUCAGGCAUACUAUACCAGUUCCGUGUUUUCUCUUGUGAAGUGGGCGAUUUUGCAGGGUCAAGGCUGCUUUUUCAUGGUUUACACACUUUGCUCUUGGGUACUAGUCACAAAGAAUUGUAUAGGAUCUUUGAACGGUGUGCUAUACCAACUUUGCCAGUCCAAACGUUUAGGAGUUGUGGACUUAAGGGGAAUUUGCAAGUUCGAUUGCUUUCCAAGUAUAAUUCUACUACUCAGUCGCUUGCGUUACUUGGCCUUAUCAGUUGCAACUAAAGACAGCCGAUUCGAAAUCCCAUCAAUAAUUGAGCAACUUUCAAAUUUGGAAACGAUGAUUAUUAAAGGAAGGAUAACGAUUGAUCUCCCAGACACUCUCUGGAAUAUGAAGAAAUUAAGGCAUCUAUACUCUUAUGGAGAUGAUCGUACUGAGUGGACCUUGCCAAAAGCGAAUCCUGAAGAUCUCUUCUGUUUAAAGAAUUAA